CAGUUGUGAAAAUUCACGAACAGGAACAGCAUGGGGCAUAUACUGAAGGCAGCACUUUCUGUUGCUUUCCUGGCAAUUGGUUUUGGCAUUUUCAAAAUUUCCUCUUUAUUCCAAAUUCCUGAAGUGCCCCAUUUAGAGGAAACUUGGUGGGGAGAGGGUGUCCCUAGUGUAAAUGAUGAUGCUGUUUAUUCUUUUAAGAUUAACGUAUCCGAUGAGGUUUUGCAAGAUUUGAAAUACAGAUUGAAAAACACGAGAGCACUAGCCCCCGCACUGGAGGGAGUUCAACAUGAAUAUGGCACAAACUCAAAAUUCACCAAGAGCAUUAUUGACUUUUGGCUCAACAAGUAUGAUUGGAAACAGCGGGAAAAGUACAUGAAUCAGUAUCCCCAGUAUAAAACGAAAAUUCAAGGACUAAACAUACAUUUUCUGCACGUGAAACCUGAAAGGGAAGCUGGAAAGAAAGUGAUCCCCAUUUUGAUGAUGCACGGUUGGCCAGGAUCUGUAAGAGAGUUUUAUGAAAUCAUUGGAUUGCUCACAAGACAGCAAGAAAAACGAGAUUUUGUUUUCGAAGUCAUCGCCCCUUCUUUACCAGGAUUUGGGUUCUCUGAUCCUGCACUUCGUCCCGGGCUGGGGAAGAGUCAAGUGGCCGUGGUAAUGAAGAAUCUGAUGAAGAGGUUGAAUCACCACAAGUUUUAUGUGCACGGGGAAGAUUUUGGUUCUAUCAUUGCCAAUGAUAUGGCCAUUUUGUUUCCUGAAAACGUGAUAGCCAUGCAUUCGACCAUGUGUGCAUCAUUGCAGCCAAUAUCAGCAUUGAAGAGGGUAUUGUACAGUUUGAAACCAUCUUUGAUCGUGGACGAAAAACACGAACAUGUAGCUUAUCCGUUGUCGAAUUUAGUCAUGGGCAUUAUGGAGGAAUUUGGUGCUUUCCAUAUGCACUGCACCAAGCCUGAUACUGUAGGUGCAGCCCUGUCCGACUCACCUGCUGGACUGGCUGCUUAUAUAUUGGAGAAAUUUAUUACUUGGACGAAUCCAAAUUGGCGAACAUUGGAAGAUGGGGGCUUAGCGCAAAAGUUCAAGAUGGAAGAUCUUCUCGAUAAUAUAAUGAUUUAUUGGAUCUCCGAUUCGAUAGGCACAUCACUGCGAAUAUACGCUGAAACGUACAACAAAGGGCUCUUAACAUUGGGCCUGGAAGACAUUCCCGUGCCAGUUCCUGCUGGAUGUGCGAGAUUCAUCCACGACUACGAAUGGAAUCCCACUGCCUUAAUAGAGGAUAAAUAUCCCAAAUUGAUUCACGUGACCGAUUAUGACGGCGGACACUUCGCUGCUCUAGAAAACGCUGAAAUUCUUGCCGAAGACAUAUUUGAAUUUGUCAGUAAAGUUCAGAAGAUGAAUGUGUUGCAAUAAAUCUUAUGUUUCUUAUA